AUGAUCUCUUCAACAUCUCACCCUGGUGAACUCGAGAAAGGUUCAGAUGAUCAUGGGAUAGAGGAAAGGUACCUUGAUUUCACUACACCACUACCCACCCUCCAGAAUUUUGGCAGCGCAGAAUGCAACAAGGAGGCAAUCAAGGUUCACAAAGAUGCCGCCCGUCUAGUUAGCCCACAAUCAUGGCCAGCAUCUCGGAAGAACUUCACCAUGUUUGUCGCUUGCGUGGCUACAGUUUUUGCUUCUGUUGCCCCUAGUUCAUACAGCCCAGGACUUGAUCAGAUCUCUCGGGAAUUCGAUCGUGGCCGGGUCGAAACAUUGACAGGGGUAACAAUCUUCACAGUAGGAUUCGCCAUCACACCAAUGGCACUGGCUCCAAUCUCUGAGGUUUAUGGCCGCAAACCGGUUUUCACUGCGACUGGCAUCCUAUACGUAGUGACGACUCUUUGUUGUGCCGUCACGAAUACUUUUGGAGGGCAAGUCUAUGUUGAAUUGGGCAUCAUACAUAUUCUACUUCUUGUCUCACGAUUCUUGGCUGGCGUUGGCAGCUCGACCUUCUCGACCAUGAUUGGCGGCCUCAUAGCCGACAUAUAUUCUUCUGAAGAACGCAACACUCCAAUGUCGCUUUUUUCGGGGUCAGCUGUGUUGGGAAUCGGCCUCGGUCCUCUGAUAUGUGGUUUCAUUGGUCAAUAUUCGACUUGGCGUUGGAUCUUCUACAUGCAGACCAUCGUGAACGGUACCAUCGUUGUCGUUGUCAUUGUGUUCUUCCAGGAAACUCGUCAAGUUGUCAUGCUUCGCAAGAAGGCUCGACUACUCAACGAAUGGCAUCGGAAAUGCAAAGAAAGCAAUGCCUCUGUUUCGUUCUACUUGCCUGCCAGCUCGCAGUAUCCAGAAAAGUCUGUUUCGCACAUACGCUGGAAGGUCAGAGAAGACGAUGAACGGAAAGGCAUCGCAGAGACAUUUCUAUCAUCGGUGACUCGACCGUUUCUCCUGCUGUUCAAGGAUCCGGUAGUGUUCACUUUCUCACUCUGGGCAGCUUUCAGUUGGUCAGUCCUUUACAUCUGCUUAUCCGCCGUCCCGCUGGUUUUCGAAGAUCGCUACGCAUUUACCCUCUCUCAAGCAGACUCUACCUUUGCAAGUUCGUGUAUCGGCACAAUUCUGGCGACUUCCAUAGGCAUAUAUCAGGAUAUAGCGGCAAGAAAGCGCAAGCUGCUCCCAGACUCGCCCGAGUCCCGAUUGUGGUUUGUGUGUGCGGAGGGACUCCUGCUGCCGAUUGGGCUCUUCAUCUUCGGUUGGACUUGUCGCUCGGAGAUUCACUGGAUUGCACCGACCGUAGGGGUCGGCGUAGCUAGCGCUGGAAUAUUUUUCGUCUAUCUCGCCGUCUUCAACUAUCUUGCGGAUUCGUAUGGCCAGUGGGCUAGUUCAGCCAUCGCCGCCCAGAGCUUUUGUCGAAACGCACUGGGUGGAUGUUUUCCGUUGGUGACGAAGCAGAUGUACGUCGGUAUGACUUAUGCAGGCGCGUCCAGCCUAUUAGGUGGAAUUGCGAUUGCCCUAUCGAUCACACCUUGGGUAUUGGUUUUAUAUGGCCACAGGAUCAGAGAGAGAAGUCCUUUCAUGAAUGCCUCGAGAUAG